AUGGGAUCAGUCCUACCAGAGCAGGUGCAGGCCACCUCCAUCCAGGAUCUCCCUGUGUCCAAACUCCCUUGUUUCAACGUCAAUGCCUCAAAGCCCGACAACAACUUAAAAUGGGCGCACACAUCUACUGUCCACAAUGUGCCUCUUCAUUCUAGUAUUGAUUCCGAAGCGUUACUCCGCCGUUACGCACGCUUCGUUGGCGAUAUUGCCGGCUCAGAUCAGGUAGCAUUCCUGGCGGAUGCUCCCGAAAUUGGGCAUGUAUUGCUUCAAGCUGUGAUCCCGGCCCCAGGUCCCUCGGGCAAGACCUCGGAGCCACAGGUGGAGUUUGUUGCAAACGCGACUCCUCGGGAUGAAGCCGAUUUCAAAAUAAUCAUCACAACCAGCCAUGUCAUUGGGGCGGCAAAGGAAGGCCCAUCGGUCCUCUCGGUCGUUUACACCCAGCCGGACAUGGCAGAUAUUACCCUCACAAUAAGAAGCGACCACGCAGGAUCGUACGCAACACGACAUUUGGCUGAAUUAGCCGCGACUUACUUGACCUCUGCAACAUCGGAGCAGAUCAUGGCUGGAGCUGGACUCGAGCCAUCGCGCGUCAACUUCGAACCUUACCGAGAUGGAUCGUCGCCAUACAGUCUGCCGGUCGACAAUGGUGUUAAAAAGAACCAUGGUUAUCAGAGCCCAAGAUUGCUCCAUGGCGCAUUUGAGGAACAUGCUCGACACCACCCCGACAACAUCGCGUUCGAUUAUCUGUGCCGGGAACCUACUGCCACGUCAACUCCAUCAAGACAGCCUGGAAACCAUCGCCGCGAUCUCACUUACGGCGAGGUAAAUACCUUGGCCAACUUCCUUGCCUCUGAGCUGGGUCUGCUGCUACAGGUGCUUGAAGAUCAAUGGCGUCCUGCCCUGGGUGAUCAAUACGCCUUUCCCUUGUUCAUGUCACCAAGCCCGGACCUCUUCCUCACUAAGUUGGCCGUUCUAAAAUCUGGUCACGCCUUCAGCUCCCUUCCAGCUGAUGCGCCGCCUGAACGAAUCCGAGCCAUUGUUGAGGAUCUCGGCUCCCCAGUUGUUCUGGGCUCUGGCCCGGUUCCGUGGCAAGGGAUUCGAGGAGAUCAGGAGGAAAUCGACUACCUGGUCAAGGAAAUCAAGUGGAUUGAUAUCACCAACCCAGACAGCUGGCGAAAGGAUCUUAUCAUACCCGAUUCAGUCGAAUCCUCACGUGUUGGCGUUCGUAUUCCAAGCGAAACUGAUCUUUGCUACCUCUUCUACACCAGCGGGUCUACAGGAAAGCCCAAGGGUGUUCUCGGCAGCCAUCGCUCUGCCCAGGUUACCGUCGAGGCAACUCUGGCGGGACCUCUAUCGCAUCUUCCUGCUGGCCCACGUCUUCGUUGGCUGAACCUGAGUGCCCCAUCAUUUGACCCUGUCAUUAUCGACACUUUUGCACCAUUGUUCCUUGGUGGCGUUCUUUGUAUCGCCGAGCGUGAUCUGCUCCUCACAGACAUUGAGGGUUGUGCACGAGAACUUAGCGCCACUGCCUCAUAUGCUGUUGCCAGCUUGGCGCUUUUGAUGCGCCCCGAGAAUAUGCCUGCACUGAAGACGCUCAUUGUUGGUGGAGAGGCCGUCAACGGACGAGUUAUUGAGAAGUUCGCGGCGGUCGAAGGAUGUCCUGAUGAUGAUCGGCGCUUGGUCAAUGCCUAUGGACCAACAGAGACCACCAUUUUCUGCACUGCUGAGUCCUGCACACAGCCUACGCGAAGCUCCGUCAUUGGUGGGGCUUUGGACUGUGCCUUCCUACUUGUUGCUGACCCAGAGGCAUUGAGCCUGGGAGAGUUGAGAGAAAUGCCUCUCGGUCUUGAGGGUGAGCUUAUCGUCGGUGGCCCACAAGUUGCUUUGGGAUAUCUCAACCGUCCAGAUGCUACUGAGGGUGCAUUCCUUUCUGUGGACAAGUUCCCUCAGCUAGGCCUUCCUUCCGGCACCAUGCUUUACCGUACCGGCGACAAGACUCGCGUUGUAUGGGAUGCAACUGGAAGACGAAGCAUCGACUUCAUUGGCCGUAUCAGCUCUGAGCAGGUCAAGUUGAAUGGUCGCCGCGUUGAGCUCAGUGAGAUUGAGAAUGUCUUGACUAGUGCAGAAGGCGUGGCUACCGCAGCUGUCGUGGUUAUCAAGCCCCCAGAGGGAGGUCGAGCCGAGAUCAAGGCAUUUUUGACAACUUGGACUGAUGCAGACCCCGAAGCGGUCGAAGAAAACUGUCGCUCGCAGGGACACAAGCUUCUACCUGAUUGGAUGUGUCCUGGUACUUACACAGUCAUGGAGAAGCUUCCAUGGACACUCAGCGGCAAGAUUGAUCGCAAGACAUUGUUGCAAAUCGCCACUGGAGACACUUCAAAGACCGCUCCUGUAGCGAAGACACCAUCCCCUACGCCUGUCAAGCCUUUGCAGAACAAGGAGGAUGUCAAGUCACUCCCACUGGAUUCAGCAUCAAUUGUCAACCGCGGCUUGGUUUCUGCCAUUGGCGAACGUGUUGCAGACUCACCCCUAUCGACAUCUCUUUUGAGCCUUGGACUGGACAGUCUGCGCGCUAUCAUGCUCCUCCAGGCCAUCCGGGGCGAUGGUAUCGAUGGCUUGGCAUUGCAUCAGGUUCUUACCCUGAAGACAAUUGAUGACCUUGUUGGCCUCGUCGACACAAAGAACCCAGCUUCCCAGUCAUCAGGCCAAUAUGCGGUUGCAGAUGCACCCCUUCAGCCUGAGACAUGCGACGAUGAAAUGAUUGACGAUGUAGACGUUUCUGCUAUCUCACCUGAUGACGAGGAAGCGUUGUAUGAGCUUGGCACAGCUACCAGACUCCGCCACUUCUCACACCAUUGCAUGGAUCAAUGUUUGUCGUACCUUGGUCUGGAGCCAGCUGACGUUGAGCGUGUUCUACCUCCAACAAGCACACAGACCCGUAUCAUCUACCUGAACACACUUCCCGAGCAUGUCGACCCUACCCUGACCUUCCAUCAGCCUCAGGUGGAGCAUUUCCUAUACGAUCUCCCUCUCGACAAACUUGAACCUACUCGAUUCAGAAACGCUGUGUAUUCCGUUCUCAAGCGACAUGAUGCUUUCCGCACACUAUUCUCCGAGGUCAAGCACUCGAUUGCUCCAUUUGCUAUGUGCAUCUUGAGCAAGAACUCAAAGCGUGCCACUAUUCCAACAGUUGACGUCGUCUGUAACUAUGACCCCAGCGAAAACAGUCUCUGGAACAACACCGUUGUGUCGGCUCAACGCACCGCUGAGACCUCCAUGACUCCAGACAAGCCUGGUGUGACCGUCACUUGGGUCCGCUCACCUGACAACUCCCGAUAUGUCAUGGUUCUCACGCUCUUCCAUGGUAUCUAUGAUGGUGUUUCUCUCGCCCAUCUCUGUGAAGAGUUCGCCGCUGAGUACGCACAGCCUGGCAAGCUAUCCGGUAUUGCCAGCUGGACUGGCGACGGCUCUAGACUUCCCCUUCUGUCUAUGCGCGAGACCAUUGGUCUCACCUACAACUCCACCGAUGAGAUGGAAACCAUGUUUUAUUGGAUGAGGAAUGCCGCUGGCUCGGGUCUCUUCACUUUAGGAUCCAGUACCCCUAUCGCCGAUGGAAGUCGAGCACUCACUUUGCCAGGACAAACAGAGACAUACUUGCGCGGAUGUACCCUAUCCAGCAAGCUCACCAUGGAUCAACUUGCAGAUGGCUCUGUCUCCAUCCUCGGUACCAGCAUGUUGGCAGUAGUCCAGGCUGCAUGGAUCAGUGUGCUGGCCCAAACCCGCGAAAAAGACUCCGGAAAGGACAAGCUCGAUGUUCGAUUCGGCUCUGUUCUUCAUGGAAGACAAACGCAAGACCUAUUCCGCUGCUUAGCACCACUUCUGCAGACCAUCCCAUUCCGCAUGGGAGUUAAUGUCGAUGGGAAGACCAAGAACCUCACAAACCGUGAGAUCUGCCAGUCACUUACUGAGCAGAGUGCACAGUCGGCACCAUACACCGAUAUUCCUUGCCCAUCUCUUGACAUGUACCGAACUGGAGAGCGACUGAUGGAUACAUCGGUCAACCUGCAGGCUUAUCGCCCAGCACACUCACAGGAUGGUGGUGUUCCUCGCGAACUACCAGGAUGGAGCCGCGACCACAAUCUCUUGAUCCCGUACAAGGAAGUCGAUAUUGGCAUGCCAAUUAUGAUUGAGGUGUGGCCCGCUCACUCCUUUGAUGGUCCGGAUUGGAGUCGCCCGAUGACCUUUAAGAGCACAUAUCAUGUUGGCAAGUCGAAAUUCCCUUACGUCAACGAAGAAUAUAUGGCUGGUGUCAUGGGUGCAUUCGAUGAGGCUUUGGUCCGUAUUAUGGAGAAGCCAGAUGAUGAGUUCUACGUUGCAUAA